UUGGAGUUGUUGAAAAGACGAAGAUAUUGCAGCUUCUCAAGAUGGAAAUUCAAAUUUUCUAAAUGGGUUCAUUGCCCAGAUUUUUUCAUUGCCCAGAUUUUUAGGUUACCACAUAGUGGAUCUGUUUGCUGCCAAGGGAACUGAUACUUGUUGUCUGCAUUUCUGUCAAAGCAUUAACGAGCAUCUCAAGUAACCUUGGGGCCAUUAUUGCAGCUGUCUUUAGGAGGGAGGUUUUUGAACAGUUACUGACAAUAUGGAGGUUUGCAGGCCGCUCAGAUCUCAUAAGAAUAAAUUAAAGCAUCGCCCUUUGACUCCUCUUAGGGUUUUAAGGGGUCUCAUAUGUCUAGUGGUGUUUCUUUCCACCGCCUUCAUGUUUGUAGUGUAUUUUGCACCCACGGCUGCUGGCUUGUUACGGCUUGUCAGCACACAUUACAGUAGGAAAGUGUCAUGCUUCCUCUUUGGCCUAUGGCUGGCUCUGUGGCCAUUUCUAUUUGAAAAAAUAAAUGGGACCAAAGUGGUUUUUGCUGGAGAUAUGGUUCCAGCAAAGGAGCGUGUUUUGCUUAUUUCCAAUCACAGAACUGAGGUUGACUGGAUGUACUUGUGGAAUCUUGCAUUGCGGAAGGGUUGUCUGGGCUACAUCAAAUAUAUACUUAAGAGCAGCUUGAUGAAACUGCCUCUCUUAGGUUGGGGAUUUCACAUUUUGGAGUUCAUUGCCGUGGAAAGGAAGUGGGAAAUCGAUGAACCUAUUUUGCACCAUAUGCUUUCAACAUUUACAAAUCCUCAGGAUCCAUUAUGGCUCGCUGUUUUUCCUGAAGGAACUGAUUUUACUGAAGAGAAAUGCAAGAAAAGUCAGAAAUUUGCAGCUGAAGCUGGACUUCCUAUACUGGCUAACGUCCUACUCCCAAAAACUAAGGGCUUUUCUUUUUGCUUGGAAGCUCUACGGGGAUCCUUGGAUGCAGUUUAUGAUGUGAGCAUCGCAUACAAGCAUCAAUGCCCUUCCUUUUUCGACAAUGUGUUUGGUGUGGAUCCUUCAGAAGUUCAUAUUCAUGUACGGCGUAUCCCUGUUGAUGAGAUUCCAACAUCUGAGAGCGAGGCUGCUGCUUGGUUAAUGGAUGCCUUCCAGCUUAAGGACCGGUUGCUCUCAUGUUUUGUGGCCCAGGGCCAUUUCCCUAACCAAGGAACAGAAGGAGAACUUUCUACAUUGAAAUGCUCGGUAAAUUUUAUGGUUGUAAUGUGUUUGACUGCCAUAUUAGCUUAUCUUACCUUUUUUUCAUCCAUUUGGUUCAAAAUAUAUGUAGGUUUAGCAUGUGUAUAUCUUGCUUCUGCUACUCAUUUUAAAUUUCAACCUUGGCCAGUUUUAGGCUUUGUUAAAGCAAUUUUUUAUUGCAAGAAUCACAAAAGUGAAUAGUACUUUCUGAAAGAUAAAUCUAAAGCUUCAGCUCUUAUUUGUCCUGA